CCCCCUCCACUCCGCACCUUGCUGCUGAAUCGUACACACAAGCGUCGCAUCACAACGUUAUUCCGCAAAAUUCCAAAAAACCUUAAAAAUGUGCCCGUAACACCUAAAAAUGUGUACUCCAUUGAAGAAUCUUUCGCUAGUGCAUUGAAUAGUGAGCACGAAUCGUCGAAAUGGCGGUUGGAACAACCAAAGUCGUCCAAGUGACGAACAUCGCACCCCAGGCCACCAAGGACCAGAUGCAGACACUGUUUGGUUACCUGGGGAAGAUUGAGGACAUUCGGCUGUAUCCAACCAUCCGGGACGUUGCUGUACCAGUUCAGUCCAGAAUUUGCUACAUUAAAUUUCAUGAUCACGGGUCAGUUGCUGUUGCCCAACACAUGACUAAUACCGUGUUCAUUGACAGGGCUCUGAUUGUCAUUCCUUAUCAGAAUGGAGAUAUUCCUGAUGAACAGAGGGCACUGGAGCUCACUAAUAAUGGCACUGUCGUUCCAGGUUUAUACCCAUCCGAGCCGAAGCUACCUCCCAACGUGGUGAACUCGAUCGAGGGAAUCCCUCCAAACCACGUGAUAAUGACAAUGGACCCCAAACUGGAAUCAAACGGUCUGCCCCCGUACCCGAACCUGCCAGGUCACCUGGACAGUCGCAGAAUCGAGGAGAUUCGUCGUACCCUGGUGGUGGCGAACCUGGACUCGUCAGUCUCAGUCGAUCAGCUCCUGGAGUUCUUCGUCUCCAACGGCGUGGAGAUAAAAUACCUCCGUCUGUGCACCAGAGACUCUGACACAGACCAUUACGCCCUGAUGGAGCUCAACGAGCAGUCCCAGGUGGUGAAUGCCCUGCUGCUGAACGGGAAAAUGCUGGCUGAUAAGCCGAUUAAAUUGUACCACUCGACCCAGGCGAUAGCCAAGCCCGAGGCCAAGAGUAACGAGGCAGCUCAGAAGGAGAUCGAGGAGGCAAUGUCGAGGGUUAAAGAGGCCCACAACCUGAUAUCCGCAACAAUUGACCCAAUGAUCGGGAUGUUAGCCAAGGACAAGAGGAGCAGAAGUGGCUCUCGAGGGAGGAAAACGAGGUCGAGGUCACGUGGACGCAGCCGAAGGUCUCGAUCGAGGAAAAGAUCGAGAUCCAGGCACAGGAGAUCACGCUCUCGACAUCGUCAUCGCUCCAGGUCACGCUCCAAGCGCUCUCGAUCGAAGGAGCAUCGACGCAAGUCACCCUCCAGACGCAGGAGUACCUCCAGGGUAAGGCACAGGUCGAGAUCCAGAUCCAGGAGCUCGAGGUCCCGCAGAACUAGAUCGAGAUCGAGGGAUCGAAAGAAGAAGUCGCCGAGGAGAAAGUCCAGGUCGAGAUCCAGGAGCAAGAGAUCGAAAUCCAAGUCGAGAAAGAGGUCUAGGUCCAGAUCCAAGACGAGAUCUUCCAAGUCCAAGUACUCGGAGAAGUCGAGGGACAGGGACAGAGAUAGGGAUAAGGAGAGGAGGAGCAAGGAUAAAUCCGAGAGCAAUGGCAGGAAGAGCCAUGAGAAGGACAGGGAUAGAGAUAGGGAUAGGGAGAGGGACAGAGACAGGGAUAGAGACAGAGAUAGGGAUCGGGAUCGGGACAGGGAGAAGAGCGAGAGGAAAAAGGAGAGACGCGAUAAGGAGAAGGACAGAAGGUCUGAAGAGAAUCCUGGGACCUCACGUGCUGGAUCUGAUUAUAGCGAUGGCAAGGACAAAAAUGACGACAAUUGAGGGACAAUAUUUGACACGAGAAGAAAAAUCACUAGAACUCCUCAGUUCUACCUUGAUAUAUAUUGGACAAUGCAAAAAUACAGAAUGAAAAAAAUGAUGUGAACCCCUCACGUAAUGCAGUCCGAAAGAAUUUGAUUAAAUAGUAGAGUUCAAUUCUCUUCCCUGGAUGAGUCCGUCGAAUUACUCCAUGUUCUGUCGACGAGGAAGCAGCAGGGGCUUCUCUUCACUUUCCAUUGCGUGGUUCGAGUGUCUGCAGAUGUAAAAUAUUUCCAUCAAACUAUUUUCUCCUUCGUUUAAACUGGAGAAACUCACCCAGGAUCCAUUACAUUGUAGUAAUAAACGUCGUCAUAGUGAGGUAUCUUCACAGGAAUGUAACCCACACGGAGUAGAUCCUUCUGCGCCCUUUUAGCUGUUGACCGACGUUUCAGCAGUACCUUGUGAAUUUGAUAUCAAAUUAAGAAAACAUUAUGUGCAUGAGAAUGUGUGCAGUUGAAGGGACAUUUGUGCUGAGUUAAUUUACCAAUCCGUCGUCUUUAUCAGGAAAAUUUUUUGACAUUCUGCCAAGUUCCAUCGAUCCAUCUUUAUUAUUUCUAUCUCUCAUGUAAUCCAACUCAUUUGCUCCUAUAAAACAUUCAAUGACAUUGUGAA